UUGUGAGGAUCUAGCCCUAAGGGCACUCUAUAACUUGAAAACCACCCGGGCUUGUUAGCUCGUGUCCUUAUUGUGAAAUCCUUGCCCGCGUACAAGGUACUUUUGACCAAUAAAUUGACUAUAACUCAUUAGUUUAUUGGAGAUUUGGAGAGAUAUUUUAACCAUAAUCUCCCCUAUCCUAGACUAACAUUCUCUGAAAUUUUGGUUGAAAUCGGAUGAAAAAUAACAGAAUUCGUUUCUGAGGGGGGGGCCCCCCUUAAUAUAAUAAAUCAUUUCAAUGGUUAGACUAAUAUUGAUAAAAAUAAGAUUUUAUUCAGUUUAUUUAUUUUAAUUUAAUUGAGUUAACCCUUUGCUAGUGUUUUUUUUUGUUAAAAAUCUUUCUAUAGAUUUAUAAUGAAAUUAUUUUAUGUUAUUAUUGUUGAGUUAAGAUAAUAAUUAUAUAUUAUUGUUUUUCAUUAAAAAAAAUCUUUAUUUAGAAAUAAAAUAUCAUUUAUUUUGAAGAGUAUUCAAAUUGUUAAAAAGAAUUUUUCAAAUUUAACCAAACGUUUUAUAUUAUUUAAAUAGAUUGAAAGAAUAGUUUUCAUGUUCGUAGAACUGAAAAACCCAAACUUUCAUAUUAAAUUUUUAUUGUUAUUUUUUCAAAGCUAAUUUAAAUAGUUAACUAUCUCCUUGCAUUUGGUCAAAAAUGGGUUAUUUAUUAUAUAAAUCGAUUUCUAGAUGAAUCUAUAUUGAUUAUCUUAUUAUAUAUAAAGAUUGACAACGAAGAUUAUUUAUUAUUUUAAUAAUCUAUCCUAGAAAUAUUAUAUUGAUCUGAACAAUUUUGGCACAAUUUAUUUCUCUCUACUGAACGAUCGCUAACAAAUGAUUAAUAUUUCAUCCGAUUUGAACGUGUUUUGUCGAAAAUCUAUUUUUAACUGCUAGAUAGAAACGUUCUAUAAGACGGAAUAAUGAUAAAAUAGUUCGAAUUAUCGAUUAAAAAUUUCUAAGGAAAUAAAUUUAAUCGAUCCUUAUAAAAAUGUUUUGAAAAUAAAUUUAUUUGAAUAGGAUAUUUAUCGAUAUGGUUAAACAAAGAGAUUCGAAAAUAAAAAAUGAAAAUAUUUUGUUUUUUUUGUAUUUAUUAAUAUAGAAGUGAUGAUGUACCUGAUUAAUACAAUCGAGUUCGUUAUAUUCCAAAUUCUUGUAAAGUAUUGUCUGAUCUUUGAAAAACAGAUAAAUAUUUUGUAAGUUAAAUAAUUAAAUUAAAAAAACAAAAAAAUAAUAAAACAAAUGUUUAGUUAAAUAAAAGUAUUGAUAAUAAUGUAUCAAAAUCAUUGAAAGAAUUUCGUUUGAUUGAUGUUGCACGUUGUUAUCGUUCUCCAUAUAGAACAAAUGGUACUUUAUCGAUUUUACAUCAAACAAUUGAUGAUUUAAUUCAAAUACAUGAUUUUAUUGAUUCAAAAAGAAAAGAAUGGCUUAAACAAUUUAAAAAAAUCAUACGAGCAAGCUAGAGAUAAACAAGUAUUUAUUUAUUUAUUUUUAAUAUAAGUCAACUAUUCGUCAAACAAUGACUGAACUAAGAGAUAAUUAUGAAAAAGCUCAACGAAAAUUAGAAACAGCUGAUGUCAAUUUAAAAAAAGUUUCUGUUUUUAUUAUUUAAAAUAAAAAAUGUACUAAUUGUUUUGUUAAGAUUUCAAACACGAUCUGAUCGUUUAACGUCAGCAAAUUUUGAUGAACGUUUACGUAAAUGAGAAGAUAUUCGUUGUGAAUGUGAACACUCUCGAACAUUAUCACGUGAUAUAUAUGCAACUGAAACAUAUAAAAUAGUUAGUGAAGAACAUUCAAUUACAAUUAAACUUUUUUAUCAAUAUCUAUAUGAAGAAAAUCAAUUUUAUAAUAAUAUAUCUCGAUAUUUAUCAUCAAAAAUGCCUGAAAUUGAACAAAGAUUAGAAAAUGAUGAUUUAAUUCCAUUAUUUGGUUAUGAUCUUAUAAAACAUUGUUCAAAAAAAAAAGAAACAUUAAUUGCUUAUCCAAUUGAAAUAUGUAUUCGUCUAUUAGAAAAUAGUUUAAAUGAAGAAGGCCUUUUUCGUAUUGCACCAUGA